AAGGUGGUGCCGUGGAGCUUCGGCGGCGACUGCGCCAUGUGGGACAAGAUCCUGGACGAGUGCCAGGUGAUGGAGCCGCCGGACCGCUGCUGGCAGGGCUGGUGCUUCGUCGACCCGUGCGCGUGCAACCUGUCCGUCCCGCCGCGUCGGAGCAAGCUGCUGCACGGCACCCUCUAUCACGGAAGGCCGAUCUAUUACUCGUACGCGACGUGCGGGGAGUCGUCUCGAGAAGAGGCGGCCGAGGCCGUGCAGGGCCGCUCGUCUGUUGAGGAUGUUUGCCAACCGACGCCGCACGAGGCCGACCCCGCAGGAAGGAUCGUAGUGCCUGCGUGA